CAGUGACAGAGACAGAGACAGAGACAGAGACAGAGAGAGACUGAGGUGAGAGAGACAGAGACUGAGAGAGAGUGAGUUUUGUCGACCGGCAAUCUGAAAAUGGGAUAAGACUCGACAGCUCAUUUUACUGGUGCGUGGGUUCUAAAGAAGCAUCUUGUAGUUGCACCUCUUAGACCAACAGCUUACAGACCCUCUAACAGUACUUCAAGUUAGAGCUUUUCAGCACAAACCAGAAAAGAUUUAGUGUGAGUGCAUCCUGCUGAGAAAAAGAACCAAGAACCUCCAGUGGACUAGACUACUUUACCAGGAGGGAAAGAGAAUGACAGAGGUUAUAAACACACCAGAACAAACAAGAGGUGACCUUGCUGUAGGAGGAGCUUCUGGAGAGGAAGGCAUCUCCUUCCAGAUCGUCCCAGAUGUGCAGGAGCGGCACCCAAAGUUGUCCAAGCGUUUGCCCUCCAUUGUGGUAGAGCCCUCAGAGGGAGAGGUGGAGAGUGGAGAACUGCGGUGGCCUCCAGAUGACCAUACACAUACACGCUGCCCAAGAGACAUCACCCAUGACCCUGCUGCCCAAACCCAGAUGACAAAUGAAUGUGAAAAUACAGAAAACGUCCAGGAGCAGGGUGACUGAAGCAACACGAGUACAUCUGAUGCAGCCGAGCAUUUCUGAAAUACAGUGUAAUCUUUCAUUAUCACAAGCCUCCGUUUUCAAAUCUCUCUUUCUUUCAGUCACAUACAAAUAUAUACAGAUAAAGGAAAGGCCCUUAAGUGCCAGAUAUUUUAGCUUACAUAAUAGCUUUAUUCAUAAUUAAUUCCUACAUACAUAUAUAGUGACACAGUUGCAAAAACAUGUAUAUUGCAAAUAUUAGCAUCACAUAAACAUGUAGUUGUUCCAAAAUAUUCAGUGCUGUAAUAUAAUAUUUUUGCUUUGAAGAACCCCUGAAGAUUCCACAGCAUGCACUCUGUAAUCAGAUGAGUGUUUGGGCUCUACACCAUAGUGACUACUAUGAGCAUCAUCUCCAUGUGAACAUUAUUUAUCACGCAAGCACAACUGAAAACUUUAUGUAAGGAGACUUCAUGCUCUCUCAAUAACAUCUGGCAGGGAUUCUUAGAUACUGACUGCCUUGAAACUUCAAUGAAGCUCACCUGUCAAUCAUUCUUGGUGGAUAUGUUAGUCAAACCCAAGUCUCCGUUUCAAAAGUCUGUCUGCACUGCUGGGUACUCUUCACAUAUACACACUGUAGUGAGACACUUUAUAUUCCACAUUUAAAGCAGCAAACAUUACCAAAAAUAAUAUAUUUAAUGAUCAGAUUUGACUUGUUUGAUUUUAACAAGUGAAAAAAAAGCACAGUAUGUACCAAUAAUUCAGAAUCCCAAAAGCAAAUUAUUAAUGUGCCACUUAAAUUCAUCCAGGAAAUCUGAUGCAUGUACACAAUACCUUCAUCUGACCACAGCAUAAAAAUGAAGAAAAUGCAUGCACCAUUUUACAAGGACAAUAUGCGUAAAUGUAUGUCCUGUAACAAUGUAUUUCAUAUAUAGAGUUUUCAUAUUGGUGCUGAUCAUGAUUGUCAUAUAAAUUCUGUCUACACUUCAAGGUAAAACACAUAGGGUCCUAUUUUCUUGAUCAUAGUUCAAGCACAAAAAUAAGCCACUUCUUGUGGAUGUUCGCAAGUGUGAGCUCUCAAGAACAGACGAAUUAUGCCUGCUAAUUCCUUGUUGCUGAGUCUGGUAUUUUAAAGCAAUAAUCCUAUUGAAAACAGUUUAUCAGUUAUAUAUAUAGUUAGUAUUUGGGUAAGGUUGCAUAUUUAUAUUGAAGUGGUUUGACAAAUAUAAAAGUUAAAAAUAGAAAAUUAUAAAUAAACAAAAAAGAAGCAAAAUUUUGGACUAAAGUGGGUGCAAAAAUAGCACUGUUCGGCAGAUUUGAAUACCAUGCGCCCUGUUGCGUUACUCUACUGAUAUCAGCACAGGCUGUUCAUUACAUAAACAGCAACUGGGAGCAAACAGGAAAAAAAAUUCUUGUGAGAAUUAAAAUUUAAAAAAAUAAAAAAGUUUGCUGUUUCAGUUUUGUGGAAUCUAUUGUCAGAUGUUUAUAUGGUAUAAUGAAGUACAAUUAUAAGCAUUCCAUAUGUGUGUUAACUUUUUAUUGACAAAUACAUCCAGAUUAAGCAAAGACUUAAUAAAAGACUUCAAGUGUUGACCCUGGGCAUGCUGGAUAUCAGCUUCUGGGCAAAAUCUUGAAUGAUGACAACCCAUUCUUGCCUAAUCAGUGCUUGGAGUUGAUCACAGUCUCUGGGUUUUUGUUUGUCCACCCUCUUUUUGAGGAUUGACCACAAGUUCUCAAUGGGAUUGAAAUCUGGGGAGUUUCCUGGCCAUGGACCCAAAAUUUCCAUGUUUUGUUCACCAAACCACUUGGUUAUCACUUGUGACACGGUGCUCCAUCAUGCUGGAAAAAGCAUUGUUCACCUCCAAAUUGCUCCUGUAUCGUUGUUUUGAUAACAUUCCUUAUUCAGCUACGAGAUCAGGUCACCACCAUGGUAUGUCACAAGGCAAAAGUGGCUUGGUGAACAAAACAUUGAAAUUUUGGGAAACUGCUCAGAUGCUUGUAAUUGUACUUCAUUAUACCAUAUAAACAUCUGACAAAAGGUUCUAAAAAACUGAGGCAGCAAAAUUUGUGAAAACCAAAAUUUGUGCCAUUCUCAAAACUUUUGGCCACGACUGUAGAUUAUUAGUGUCCAUUGUUUGAUCUUGUAUGUAAAUGCUUUUGACCUGAAUAGUGUCAGUACUUUUUAAUAAAGUCUCAUCUUAGAAA